AUGGCUGGAUUUUACGGGGACACUUUAAAGCUGUAUGAAGAUCAUGAAAUGAACGAUGGUGAUCCAGAACAUCCUCACAAGCUGCACAGAAUAAAAAGUGUGAGACGCCGUCCAUACUGGGAAAAGAAGGUUGUGCGUGAUCUCGGAUUAGACAAGGCGCAUCAACCUUGUGUACACAAAAACAUCCCAGCUGUGAAUGAAAAGUUAAAAGUUAUAAAGCAUCUCAUAAGAAUGCAGCCUCUGAAGUUACCACAUGGACUUCCAACGGAGCAGGAACUGUCAAAAACGUAUUUGAAGAGUACUGGGGAACUUGUUGUAAGACGUCGACUUCAACCAUUGGAACAAAAGGCUUUCGAGUCAUAG